AUGGUGUACUUCAAUAUGCUGCGCUAUUGUCGCAAAAAACGCAAAACGCCCCAGGGCGGUGCCAUAUUAGACCAAGUAAUUUCGCAGUCAGCUUCCGCUUCGAACCAGUGUCUGCUGUAUAAAAUGGCGAACUACAAGCGAGGUGGUGAUCUGAUCGACGCGUUUCAAAUCGGUGGCCAGAAGGCGGUGGAGCAACUAAUACGCGAGCAGUUUGGCGUGUUCAUGUACAAUAAGGGCCGUGGGCAGAUCAUCAAUAGAGCUGAGUACCUGCGCUGGAAGUACAUGGACAAUCAUGAGGUUAUUAUUCCUAUUGAAGCAUCGCUAUCACCGCAUGAUCCGCUGGGCAAGUGGAUAGACCAUAAGGCCUGUUGGCAGAUGCAAUACCGUGGGCUGCUGGGCGAAAGUCUAUUGCAUGUGCUAAUUAUUUGUGAUACGAAGGUGCAUACAAAACUUGCCCGCAUUCUACUGCGCGUGUUUUCGGAACAAGCGAUUGACGUGAUGGAGGGCGAGGAGUAUCUUGGUGCCAGUGCUCUCCAUCUUGCGAUCGCGUACAGCAACAACGAGCUCGUCGGCGACUUGAUCGACGCCGGCGCGGACGUCUCGCAACGUGCCACCGGGCGCUUUUUCCUUCCACGAGAUCAGCAAGGGCUGCAGCCGCUUAAAACGACCGAUUACGAGGGAUUAGCGUACCUGGGCGAGUACCCACUGGCCUGGGCCGCCUGCUGUGCGAACGAAUCGGUGUACAAUUUGCUGCUGGAAUGCGGCGCUGAUCCGAACGCGCAAGAUUCGUUUGGCAACAUGAUCUUGCAUAUGGUGGUCGUAUGUGAUAAGCUUGACAUGUUUGGGUACGCGCUUCGUCAUCCAAAGUUGCCGUGCAAAAACGGUAUUGUUAAUGGCGCCGGCCUAACGCCGCUCACGCUUGCCUGCCGGCUUGGCCGAGACGAAGUAUUCCGCGAGAUGUUGGAACUAUCGGCGCGCGAGUUCUGGCGGUACAGUAACAUCACCUGCUCGGGGUAUCCGCUGAACGCACUGGACACACUGAUGCCGGACGGCAGCACCAACUGGAACUCGGCACUUUUCAUCAUUCUGAACGGCACGAAGGAAGAGCAUCUGAACAUGCUGGAUGGCGGUAUAGUGGAGCGAUUGCUCGACGAAAAAUGGAAAACGUUUGCCCGUAAUCAGUUUCUCAAGCGUUUGCUUAUUCUCGCGAUACAUCUGUUUUGCCUGUCGUGUUCGGUCUACCUGCGACCGGUGCGGAUGUUUGGCGACGCCGAUGAUGCAUCGGAAACCGGCCGAAACGAUGCCGGUGAUCGGGGGUCAGCCGACGGUGACGAUUCGGCGUACGAAGCGGAAGCGGAGAUUGAUCUGUCCACUUGGAUACGAUACGGGUUCGAGGUGGCCACUGUCAUGGGGGUGCUGAGCUACGUCGUGCUGCAGCAGGGAGACGAAAUCAAGAAUCAAGGAUUAUUCUCGUUCCUCAAGUCGCUGGGUCAAGCUCCGGCAAAGGCUAUCUUUCUUAUAUCGAACAUUCUCAUCCUGGCUUGUAUUCCGCUGCGUGUGAUAGGCGAUACGGAAACCGAGGAAGCAAUUCUACUGUUUGCCGUUCCCGGCAGCUGGUUUCUGCUAAUGUUCUUUGCCGGAGCCAUCGGUUUGACUGGACCGUUUGUAACCAUGAUCUUCUCCAUGAUCACUGGCGAUAUGUUUACUUUCGGCAUCAUCUACAUGAUUGUGCUGUUCGGGUUUUCCCAGGCAUUUUACUUCCUCUACAAAGGACACCCGAAUGCCGAGGACUCGCCGUUUGGUAGCUACUUCGGCACGUGGAUGGCACUGUUCCAGACGACUCUUGGUGAUUACGACUACGCUGAUCUCAACCUGACUACUUACCCAAACCUGGCCAAGACGGUGUUCGUAAUAUUCAUGAUCUUCGUGCCCAUUCUGCUGCUUAACAUGUUGAUCGCCAUGAUGGGCAACACCUACGCCUAUGUGAUCGAGCAGGCGGAAAAGGAAGGCAUGAAGCAGUGGGCCAAAAUUGUGGUCAAUUUGGAACGAGCGGUCACCCAGGACGACGCCAAGCGUUAUUUGGAAGAGUACUCAAUCGGCCUCGGUCCAUCGGAUGACCCGCGUUACGAGACACGCGGUGUGAUGGUGAUCAAGAGCAAGAGCAAAACGCGAGCCCGGCAACGCAAAGGGGCGGUUAGCAACUGGAAGAGUGUGUUGCGUGUAACGCUGAACGAGCUCAAAAAGCGUAGCAUGACCGGCGAAGAGCUUCGUCGCAUCAUGUGGGGCCGGUCGUCGAUCACAUCACCGGCGAAGAUUGCCAAAAAGAAGCGUAUCGGAGACGAUGAUUUGGCUGACCCGUUCGCAAUAACGGCGGCAAUCGAUGUUAUGUCCUUCACCCAAGACAUUGUGAUGGUAAGCACGGAGACGACCAAUUUGGUGGCCCCGGCGUUGAUGGGCACCACCACGGUGCCUAGUGGAGCUCAGCAGCAUCCGCCAGUGGCUCUCAAGAUACCAGUCACUGUCCCGGCCCCGAUGGUCGCUACUCCGGCGCUCAUCAAACAUCACUCCGUUGAAGGUGAGCCACAUGAUGACCGUGCGGAUGGCAAGCACUUCAAAGAUCCGCUCCGCGAACUGGUCAUCAUUUCGGAGUCGACCUCGGUGGACGAAAAUUACGCAUUGAGCGUAAAAACGCUGGCCAUCGACGCUUCGACACUAGACCACGUCUAUGAAGUAGGUGUGUGCCAGCAGUCCAGUCAGUUAGUCGGCCGCGAUCAGUUGGCCUUCUCACAGCAGCAACUGCAAUCGGAGCAGCAGCAGCCGCAGCAGCAGCAAAACAUAAACCAACUGGCACUCUUCCAGAACCCCAAGGACGUGGUCGAUCCCGUGAAGGAGCGCGAGUUUCUCAAAACGCUCGAAGCGCUCGAGGAUACGGACAGCGAUGUGGGUGAGAAACCGGUGCUCGGAAAAAUAUCGCUCAUACGCCGCGCCAAAUCGGCCGUUUCGCGCAGUACCUCGCACAAACGCAAGGGCGACCAGCACCCACUGUUCAUGAUCGCCUGGGAGGACAAGGGUACCGCCGAACCGGUGGAAAAACCGGGCGCAGUCGACGCAAAGCUGCUGCUGCUGAUGGACGGCGGUGACACGCCGUGCUCGAAGGGUCCAAACUCAACGGCCGGGGGAACCGAGAAAUACGACGAAGAGAACUAUACCGUCUCGGUGGAGGAGCUGCACCGGCGGAUGGAACAGUUCCACCAGCGGAACCGGACGUUGUCGCACGGCGAGCGGGGAGACUCGACCGCGCCCGAAGGCUCCAGGCGACGUUCCAAGGAGAUCCACGGACACUACCAUGCCGGCGGGUUGGCGCGCGGAAAGCGAAACAAAAUAUCGCCCGACACCUCGAACGAGAGCACCAGUGGCGGCGGAGGGGACGGCAGUGCAAAGAUGGGCAAGCGCAUGAAAUCCGCACCAAUCGUUGGCGCCGGUGUGACGGUGCGUCAACGAGCUCCGUCGGACAAGACUUCGGAAGAUCGUGAAACUGGCGGUAAAACGUCACCGCCGGACCCGCUCGAACCGUGGAGCACCAAGAACAUUAUGAACAUCAACAAACUGCUCGAUCAGGACACGGCCGAAGAGUAA